AUGCCUCUGGAGGCGGUGGUGGAGUUGCAGAUCCGGGAGAUUUCUUGCCCGGGAGUGUUCCUGCCAGACAAACAAGAUGUGUACCUCGGGGUUUACCUCCUGAAUCAGUACGUGGAGACAGCCUGCUUUCCUUCUGUGUUCCCUAUUGUCAUUCAGCAAAUCCUGAGAUUUAAAAAGGUAUUUGAAAAUGCAAUAGAUCCUGGAGCUGUAGCAGAACUUUUAGAAAGCUUCCUAGCCAGGUUUGAGUUAAUACAGCUAGUGCCUCCAGUGUGGGAAGAGUUGGCCUACUAUGAAGAAAACACACGAGAUUUUCUUUUCCCUGAGCCCAAGUUGACACCUUCACAUCCUGGAAUACAUAGAGAGGUGCUUAUGAAGACAGCCAUAGGUUUUCCAGGCAUUGCUCCCAAACUAGAGUUUUCUACAAGGACAGCCAUCCGAGAAUGUAUGUUUCUGCAUAGAAACAGAUUUCUUCAGGAAGAAAGAUGUAAGUCACGAAUGCCUUUAUCCACAUCACGUCGACCAGUGUUUCCCUUAAAUAAUAAAAAGAAAAAGCCAAAGGAGAACAGUCCUGAUAGACAGCCCAGAGGCACUCAGCCCCGGACGCCCUCUCCAUAUUCCACCAGACGUUUCUUCCUUGACAAACCAGCUCAGAUGAACCUUGGAAACAACUUCAAAAUCUCUGAAGAAGGGAAGCCUCCUUUCGUGGUUAGACAUGUGGACAGUGCAAAGCCCUUUGGUGAAAAUAGUUCAGAGCAUCAUUCACGAAAGUCUAGAAGAAAAUCUAAGUUUCCAAACUUCCCAUUUCCAAUAAGAAGAGCUUCUUCUCUUGACAGCAUUGCAGCAAACAUAAAGGUUAUCAAAGAGCCAGAUGAACGGAUUGUCUUAAGGAAUGAAUCAUCAUCAAGUUUAAAUUCAAGUAAGUUUGGAAAGCCCUUGCCCAAGAACCAAGGGGAUGCCGAUUUCCACCGGGAAGCUUCACUUGCCAUCUCCCAGCAAUCCAGCUCUACCAGCCCUCUGGAUCAGCCCUUUCUCCGAGAAAGGUUCCAUCCUGGUUCUCAGCCCACAUGGAAGAAGAUCCAUGAAAGGGUAUGCAGUCUUCUUACAUCCCACAGAGCUCAGCAGCAUGUGAACAAGGAAGAUUCUACCUUUGAAAUAAAUGAUAACCUUGAAAGACCAGGCUGCUCUCCAACGAAAUACCCACUGCAUGAAGAGAUAUAUUUUUAACUGCUGUCAUAAGGGAAAAUGAUGAAGGCUGGAGGAG